GACUACUAUCUUUCCUGCAAACAUCCAACGGACCCCCAUCGACUGCACUCUACCUGUAAAUAUAUGGGUGUAUAUAUAUAUAUAUAUGUGUGUAUAUCCCACUCCGCCAUCAGCGGAGCACUAAACCCGACGCAUAUACAGAGUCUUCGGCAGUGCAUAAGAGGCGCGCCUCGCGCGAGUAUAGACCAGACUGCUGGAAUGUCUGGCCAUCAACCACCUGUAAGAUUCCUGAUGGCCAUGCCGCUGCAGCGCAGCUCGUAGACAAAAUAGGUACCAUGGCCCAGAUCACCAAGUCCAGCAUCGAUGGCCUGCCCAAACAUUUCGUCUCCGCUAUGCGGACCCUCUUUGAUAUUAUGGAUGACCAGAAUACGGGGUACGUCAACUACGCGGACAUCGAAGCGCGUUGGCGAGACGACGGUGCAUCCGGCUUACCAAAGGGAGUCUUGGAUGGUUUGAAGAAGGUGACUCCACCAAAUGGUUUGCUGUCGUUCGAGAGGUUCUGUGCGGGCCUCAAGAUAUGUCUGCUGCAUGCGCAGGCUGACAGCGAGUCCAAGAAGCUCGAUGCUGGCCAACCAAACAGACCUCCCUCUGCUCCAGUCCUUGAGAAUCAAAGCAAAGCUGCUUGGACUUCUCCGAACACAGCUACUAUAAGGCCAAAUAAUGUUAUUUCGCAGCAAAGAACGCUCAGUAUGCCACAGCUGCCAGGUAGAAAAGAGGGAAAUCCACAGUUUGAUGUAGAUUCAAGGAUUUGCUCGGAGUCAAAGCUUAUGAAAGCUUAUGGGCCACCAAAACCUCCUCGAACUGGUGCAGCUCUUGAUAGCAGAGUUUUAAAUGCAGACAGGAGUUUUGACAAGUCUGAAAUUCGUACGGUACUUCAGAAUUGGCAAAUGGGCAGAUUGAUGGGUGGAGAAAAAGGUUCUGACAAACGUCAAAUACCUGCUGCCAAAUAUCGACCGGAUCCAAACACUUUACUUCAUCCAGCCAGGGUGUUAGGUGAUGGAAAAGCCAUAGAUAUGCAAAAUGCCCAGCAGUUGGCCUUGCAAGCACAAAACAAAAAAUCACCUAGUCGACGUAGAGAGCCAAGGCGACAUACCCUACAGAAUGGUAUUGAUUACAACAUGAUGAAAAGGAUGAAGCAGAUAGAACAGGAAAAAGAUGUACUGCUCCAAGGUCUUGCGGCAGUUGAAAAGGCAAGAGAUUGGUAUCACAAACAAAUUUCAAUUACCCAAGAGAAAAUUAAGCACUUGGGACAAAUGGGUUCACACGUGGAGCAAUGGACUGAAGCACAGCAGGAAAGAUUGGAACUGCAGAGAGCAAGAGUACUUGAAGUCAAUCGGCAUCUAGCUGCUCUGAUAAGUAGUUGGGAAAGAGGCGGACUUCCUCUUCACAUGAACUUAGCAUUCCUGAGUACCCCAACGUCGGCGCAACUACAAACCGAUAUGAUGUCCAGAUUAAAACAGCAAAAUCACAGGUUAACAGAGGAGGUCAGCAAGAAGAGUCACAGAAUAGCUUUAUUGGAGCAAGAGAAAGACGGCCUCAUGCGGGAACUGUACGACCGCCAGACGGGAAUCGUCCAAUCGAGAAGAUCUACAAUGAUUCACGAGCAGCAUGAUCAAACAUUCAUAAUUUAAGAGAGCUGAGAGAAGGUGCAUUUAUCGGGAUGAAAUUGCUCAAUGAAAUUUCUUCAAUGAGAGUGAUCACGAAAAGAGGAGUUAUACUCGGUACAUUAAAGGUCGAUUCCGACUUCUAACAUUACCUUAACGACUUAUAUUUGUAUAUCGGUAAAAAAAUAUAUUGUAAAAUACAUCUGUUACUGCGGCCUGCCACCGUAUUUUCAUCAAAUUUUAUGAUAUUUUUUAAGAUUUUUAUAGUAUUUUACGAGUUGUAUAUCUUGUAUUAAGAUAAUAUUUUAUACGUCGCGACAAAAUUAUUGUUUUAUAUAACAAGGCGCGAGCCAUUAAACUAACGCUGUGAAAUCGAUCCAUCCAAUUGUUCUAAUUAAGCAUGAUAUUGAAAAAUUAUCUCGUUACAUAUAUUUUUUCAAUAAAUUAUUAUCAUCGUUCCACUGUAAACCAAA